GGUUUAGAUAUGGUUUUCUUACUCAGGAUAUAUCGUAUAUUAGAUUUUACCUAAGAUACGAUAGAAGCCAAUAUAUAUAUGGUGCCUUCUAUGGUACCCCGGGAGAAAUCCGGAGUACCGCAUACCUUGAGUAUGAAAACGCUAUCUAAACCUCGAAUUAACAGGAUUUUUGGGCAUGAUAUUAUACCCUAACCCUUAAUGUGUGAACCCUAGGUCCUAAUUAUCUAAAUCAUAAACUAUAAACCCUAAGAUGGUGCAUUGAUUUUUUUGCCUAUAUUUGGAUGAAUCAUAACCGUCGAUUAUUGUUUCUAAUUAAAUUGAUCUUGGGGUAUAAGAUUUACAGAGUUAAGACCUAGAUUUCGAUCUUUAAGGGUUAGAGUAUAGUAUCAUGUCCGAAAGAUCAAUCAAUUCAAGUUCUGGAUAGCGUUUUCUUACUCAAGGUAUGCGGUACCCCAGAUUUCCCCGGAGUAUCGUAGAACUCCAUAUAUAUAUAUAUAUAUAUAUGCCCGAUGGGAUGUUUUAUGAAAUCGUCAAAGUGGUGGGGAGCUUUAUGUUUCCUUCCCGUAUGGCCUCUGCAUGGUUAGGUCAAAUGUCAUAUUCCAGUUUUUGGAGCUUUCAAGGAAUUAUUAUAGCAAGCUCAUCAUCAUCAUCAUCAUCAAGUGGGCGAGCUUUAUCCCUUACAAAAUCACACACAUAUUCGUUUGCAAUUCGAGUUGUGAAUACUGGCCAAUCAUGUCAUCAUCUGCACUUCACUUAUCUUGGAUCAUAUGUUUAAAUAGUAAUAAAUACAUUCUCAUGUCAUUUUCUAGGGUUUUCCUAAUUAGAGGUGGUGCUCAUUUGGUAAUAAUGAACAUGUGAAUAUGAUCCACAUUAGCCUCACAAAACAAAUGGUUAUAAACGAGCUUUAAAAUAUAUAAAAAUAAUUUUUUAAAGUCACAUCAAACGUUUGUAAACAUCUAUUUAUAAUAUUAUCAUACUAUUUAUAUAAGAUUUGUCAGUGAUACUAUAUUCAUUUACAAAUGACAAUGAUGUAUCCUAUGCAUCCGAAAUUCGUAGCGUAUCAUAGUCCAUAGAUGUCCCAAAUCCAUAGGCAUUUUAGGGUAAGUUGUCAUUGGUUGUUAAAUAAGUAAACUGUUAACAAUGAGAUUAGAGUUCAAAUCCAUCUUUAGCAUAUUACUGCUCAUAUUUUUUUUGUAAUUUAUUCCAAAAAUUAGAAAAUUUAUUAGGAUAAAAUCUAGAUAGCAAGUUUCAAGGACAAGAAUUGUUGAAAAAUAGGAACAAAAUUUAGAAUUUAUAAUGUAUUAUAUACAACUCACUGUAAUUUUAUCUCACAAAAAUACUAGUGGUGUAGUUGAAAAAUUAAUGAAUAAUAUUGUUUGUUAGAGAUUGCUAUGUAUUUUAUACCGUAAAGUACAAGUUCGUAUCAUAAAUCUGGACUCUCUCUUGUCUUUAUCUCUUUUUUAGUUAUUCUUCUUUGAGUUCGUGGCACUCGUCUACACAUAAUAUAAUACACCGAAGGGAAAAACGGGAGCCCAAUUUCAAAUUUCCUGCAACGAGAGUGAAAGUAGGAAGGACAUUUUGGUCUUCACAAUUACUUUUUUUUAUUCAUUAAAAAGACACGUACUGGGAUUCGAACCAUGUCCAUUUUAAAGAAAAGCAAGGAACAUAACCAAUCACACUAAGUACAUUUGUUGCAUCCUUUUAAAUCAAAAACAUAUAAUAGCAGGGAGGAAAAACCCCUUCCCCCAUUUCAAAUUCCCUGUUCCAUGAGCGUUUGUAGGAAGGGUAGAAUAGGUAGUGUUAAUUUUUUUCUCUUUCCUCUGUGGAACGGGCCAACUUACCGUACACAUGCGGAUUUAAACGGGUUCAGGAGUGUCAAUUUUUUUCUUUAACCCCUUGUAUUUCUCUGUGGUGAUAAAAUAUAUAUGAAAAGACAAAAACAAUACUUAUUUUUAUGCUAAAAAUAAAAAAAAAUUAACAAUAAACUAAUGCAUGGUAUCUAAAGGGCUAACCGCUAACCAUAAAAUAAAAGAGUUGAAUGGGCCUGACCUACACCGGAUUUGGCCAUCAAGUAAAACAAAUGAACAUCAUUGGUUUGACAUUCUAAAACAAGCUAUUUUCUCUAGCAUAAUAUAUAUUAUUAUAUUAUUUUAUAUUUUAGUGGCUAAAAUAUAAUGUAGUUUAAAGUUAUUCAAUGGUUCAAUCUCGACCAACCCAAUUAGUCCAAUUUUUAUCAUUUCAAAUAUAUAUUAUAUAAUUAUUUGAUAUCAUAAUGAUAAAAUUAUAGUGUAUUUUAUAGGGAAUCGUUUGGUAUUUGUUAGUAAAAAAUUAAACAGAAAGAUCUAUUUGGUUAUUUUAAACAUUAAAACGAUCCUAAACAUUUUCAGUUUCUUUUGAAUUUCUAUGGUUUUAUUCCCGAAUAAGUGAUGUGCAAAUGGCGAAUUGCAGUCAUCUAUUUUCUUUCACUAUUUUUUAUUUUCAAAUAGAAAGUUUAAAAGUAACGAAUAAUUAGAAUUUUGCAUGGGUCGGUCAAACAGGCUGAAUUUUAAGUUUUGGCCCGUUUUGAUCAAGUCUAAUUUAUAAUCACAUGGUUCCCUGAUACCCGAUAAAAAUCUCAAUCCAAACCACUUUGGCAGGUGAGUCCGUGUUUACCACCAUUCUCUAGGAAUACGACAACGGUGGUUCCUUUCCCAAAUCGUGUUGUUCGUUCUUGAUUUCCUUAGAUUUUAUCAUGGCCUGACAAAAACCAGAAAGCACAAUGACGACAAGAUGAAAGUUUUAUAAAUCAAAUUAAUGGUGUUCUCUUUCUGAUCUCAUGUAAUUAUAUAAUGAAGUUGAAGUUUUUCGAUGCUAUUCAAUUUCAUUGGUAUGUUUUUAAUGGUCUAACUUCAUGGUUGUACCAACUUUUGAUGUAUUGUUUAUGUUCCAAUAUAUUCACUUUGGUAUGAUUAUUAGGGAUAUGCUAGGCGGUACUCACCAUUAGACCAAUUUAGCUUAAUGGUUGAAUCUACGGGUUAUCCCAAUAAUUCAAUAUUCAGCUCAGCUCCUCCGACCAACGGGUCGGGUUACAAGCUAGUUAUAUCUAUAUAUGCCCAUCGAGAGCUUCAACUCUCAUUUUACUUGGUUUCCUUUUCUUUACCUUAUUUUCCUCCGGCUCCGAGCACCUUGCAACUAGCUCUCUUUUUCUUUUUUUUAUUUAAAUUGGGCUGCAAAUGAUUUGUGGCCCAAUUCGUGAGGCUGGGCUGGUGAGGUGGAAGCCCAAACAAAUCCGGGUUUCCAGAAAACCCUACCCCGCAUAACCCGAUUCUAUAACGGUCUCAUGUCAAUCCCGAUUUUGAAUUGUAAAAGAUCCCCGCUCUUCUCCCCACUCUCACUUUCCUUUCUGUUCUGUUUCGCUGUUCUCUCUCAACAAAAGUCAGGAAAACCACGCGCCUUGUGUGGACUCAUAAGCCGAGGAGAGACGGAGGACGAUAAACGAGAGAUCUCACUUCUCAAUUCCUCUAAACAAAAUCGCAGAGAAACCAGAGGAUUUCACCGAGUUACGAACCGGCGGAGAGAGUCGGAGAUGGCGACGAAGAUCGGGAUGAUGGAUGCGGCGUACUUCGUCGGCAGAUCGGAGAUUCUCGCUUGGAUCAACUCCACUCUCCAACUCAAUCUCUCCAAAGUCGAAGAGGCGUGCUCUGGAGCGGUUCACUGUCAGCUACUGGACGCUGUUCAUCCAGGGAUGGUGCCGAUGCACAAGGUCAAUUUCGAUGCCAAGAGCGAGUAUGAGAUGAUUCAGAACUACAAGGUCCUUCAGGAUGUGUUCAAUAAACUCAAAAUCACAAAGCAUAUUGAAGUAAGCAAGCUUGUGAAAGGGAGGCCUCUGGAUAAUCUGGAGUUCAUGCAGUGGCUGAAGCGCUACUGCGAUUCCGUCAAUGGUGGCCUUGUCAGUUACAACCCAAUCGAGAGAAGAGAGGGUAGCAAGGGUGGAAAAGAAGUAGGGAAGAAAGGUCCACCGGCUCAAACUUCGGCCAAAGGCACUGCGGCUGCCCCCAAAGCACAGUCCCAUCACGGUCGAAGGCAUGAGUCUUCUUCUUCAGUGAACUCCAACUCGUCUUCGACCCUAAACGUGAAGGCUGCUAGACCUCCACCGCCUGCACCAGCAUAUGAAGAACAGAUCACAGAACUGAAGCUAUCCGUGGACAGCCUUGAGAAGGAAAGAGACUACUACUUUGCCAAGCUGAGAGAUGUUGAGCUUUUCUGCCAGAGCCCUGGUCUUGAAGGACUGCCUGUUAUUGCUGCAAUUCAGCAGAUACUGUAUGCUGCAGACAACGAUGGGUCAGCAGUUGCAGAGGCUCGAGCCAUGAUGUCUCUGAACUGUCAGGAGGAGGAUGAAGAAGCAGGGUCCUUGAGUCCCAUCCCAGAGGUGUUAUCAUCAGAGGAGAAGAUGGUGAACCCAGAUUCUCAGAAGAGGAAGAGCAUUAGAAACCUGGAUGUGGAGGCCGCUGGCAUCAAUAACUUGUCUCCUAGGCAAAGGUUCCCAGAUGCUACUGAUGUCCAUUGCAGUGGGUCACCUCUUAUGACUUACUGAUCUUUGAUUUACUCUGCAGCUUGGUGUAGCCAUGAUUGGACUUUUCCAUUUCCUUUCUCUGUGUUGGACCUUGUGUGGAAGAAUCUUCUUCUUCCAUCUAGGUUGUUACUACUAUUACAACUGUAAUGUAGGUUUUUGAUCAACAAGAAGUAAUGCUUAGGAUUUAUGUAACUCUCUUGUAUAAUACUUGGCCGCCUGCAUCUAUGUUUGAUGGAAUAUUAUGCGUAAUUAGCAUAAACGGUCACAAAAUUUUGCAUUUUGUUAAAAACGUUUACAAUUUCUUUUAUUUUACAUGAUGCGGUAGAACAUAUUUGAGCAUAUAAUAAAUUGGUUAUUUCGUCCAUUUUCACCCAAAAAUUUGUUAAUUUUGACUAAUUGUUAGUCCACAUCACCAAAAAUAUUAAUUAUGAACUUCAAUUAAUCAUAUAAGUGAACCAAAGGACCCUGCCCACUCGUACACAACCCACUAAAAUGGCAAAACCAAUAAUACUAAUGAUAAGAGCAACCACAACAAUUAGGUUGCGGACAAGGUGCAUAACUAAAUCUGGGCACUUAGUUUACAGUGGGCCGAGAAGGGUUAUUAUGACAAACUUAAUUGUGACAAACUAUUUGUCACAUUACUCACUUUAAAUGACGAACUAUUCUUACAACAUGAAAUUUGUCACUUUUGUGUCUCUUACAUUCCGAUAUGGGACGACUAUUUCGACAAAAUUAAUUGUGACACGAAAUAUUUGUCACGUUACUCGCUUUAAAUGACUAUUUAUCCUGGCAACAUUUUUUUUUGUCACAUUAUCAAAUAGGACAUAUAUUAUUUUUGUCAUUAUCAAAUAGGACAACAUUGUGACAAACAGAAAAUGACAAAAUAAAAAAUUUGUCCUAAUAGACCGAAUUUGUUGUAGUGAUGUCUUGAUAAUGUUGGGUUAACAAUGUGUUUGAAUGGGGGGAUUGAUAGAGAGGUUUAGUGCAAAGAAAUGCCUUCGACAAGGGUGUCUAUCAUCCCCUAUUUGAUUGCAAUUAGUAUGGAGGUACUAAGUAGUAAGCUAAACAAGUUUGCAACAAUGUCGGUUCUUCCUUAUCAUCCCCAGUGCAGUAAGAUCUACUGAUCUUUACAAAUGGUUCAUAAGAAGUUGUCCAAGUGGUGAUAGACAUAAUAAAAAAUUGUUGCCCCCAUAAAUCUUCAUCAUUCUUCUUCAGUUCUUCUAAUUUUCAUUUUCUAUUCGUGAACACAAAAUAACUAAAAGUUCUUGUUUCAGAUUGGGAUUUACCUAAUUUUUUCUAAAUCUAAUUAACAAUUUGCAGUGACGAACAAAUAAUACUCUAAAAAAAAUUAUCACAUCAUACUUUCAAAGGUUUAUUCUAUCUGUGUCUCAUCAGUCAUCAUAACAGAAACAAUGCCAUAUUGGAAGAAAAUUUUAGUGGACCA